AUGAAACAUAUCUGUGCAUUGGUGGAUGUGGGGGCUGAUGUCAAUGCUGGGCAGUUCACCACUUUGCACAACCGACGCUUCGCCUUGACUCCUCUGCACUUUGCACUCAUCAGGGGCACACUUCCUGCCGCCAGCAUUGUAAAAGUGCUGGUGAAGUCAGGAGCGGACCUGAGCUUGGAGGCAGCCAGAGCCGACAGCAGGGUGCCAUGCGUGACGAUCGUUAGAGAGUGUUCCUGCGGGAUUUGCUUGUGUCUGGGUAUCUACGUAUUUCCCGAUCUGCUGCUUCCCUCACACGGAGCUCGGUAUGACGGUCAGAUCAAAAGCGUGGGGACUGCUUUACACCUGGCAGUUAAGCGCAGCUUUGACCUGUCUGAUAUCCUCUCGGAAAAGCAACACAGACCGCUGAUGAAAGUACCCGACGGUUCAGGCUACCUGCCUCUUCAUUCCGCAGUCAAGAAUUUAAACCAGAAAGCUAUAAAGAUCCUCCUUAGUUUGGGUGCUGAUGUUAACGCCAAGGCGUCUGGAAAUUGUUGUAUGCUGGGUAGAACGGCUCUUCACAUCCUCUUUAAUUUCAAGUUAGUAACGAGACUCCAUUGUAUCUUCUGCUCCCGCACACUGCAGCCUAGACACCACUUUAAAAAAUGCGUGUCCCUUUUGCUGCAGCAACCUUUGGUGGAUCUCAACGAGAGAGAUUGGCAGGGUAGAACCCCGCUGCAUGUUGCCUGCGAGUCCGGGCACUAUGCCUUCAUUGAGCAGCUGGUCGCUUGCGGGGCCAACGUCCUGGUGGAGGACAACAGGGGCGGCUCGCCGCUGUCCUACGCCGCGUGUCCCGCAGACAGGACCGUCCGUGAAAUGCUCGUGGACGUCCUUCUGAGAUGUGGAGCUGUCGUCUCGUGUCUGAAUACACCCUUCUACCGUUCUCCAGUGCGAGCGUUCUACAGCCGCUAUGACGUGGCCAUCCUUUUGAAGCUGCACAACCGCGGGGCUAUAACCCCCCAAGAUCUGAGUUCAAUGCUUUGUAGCAUUACCAUCCCUUACAAUUUUGAGGCAAAGUACUGUAAAAGAAGAACAACGCGAUGA